AUGCAAUCGCAUGCCGAGUUAACUUAUGGCCGUGUCAAAGAGAUCGAAUUAGACGCAUCAUGGGAUCUAACAUCAUCCAUUGCGGGAACCGUUACGCUCAAAACUCAAGUAGAAGGCUUCAAUAACUUGUUAUUCAAAAUAAGUCAUGUUGGAGGAGUCAGUGGCUUCCGUUCAACCGCUUCAGCAGUCUACUAUAUGAACAAGAAAAUCGAAAUUAACGCUGUAUUCAAAAAUAGUGCCACACAGGAAGCAUCCAUUGUCUUCACGUCCCCGUUUACUUCUGAUUUCCGCGCUUCAUUUUUAAAAGGAGCCGACGAGGCAACAGGCGAGAUCUUUUACAACGAAAGUGAGAAGAUAUACGCCAAGGUAACUUACUCAACCUCACCAGUACUAGAUGGUUCUUUCCUUUUGCGAAGUGUUAUUCCAGGUAUGGAAACCUUAAAUGGAGCAUUGAGACACGAAGUAUCUAUGCAAACCAUGACAUCGCACGUUGAGUUUGCUAUCAACGGCCAAACA